AGCGACCGCGCCUGGAUCUUCACUCCCUCCUCACUCCACCUUGCUCCCCUCCGCCAUCUCGCGGUUUCUUGCCCGCCCCAAACACACAAGACCUGUCACCCAAGCAAUGGCCAUGCUUCCCUCGACCCGUUACGUCGACAAGCCUCUGCCCUGGCUCAAACGCUUCUCCUUCGAGGCCUCCUCCUGUCUCCCCGUCGAGCUGGACUCAACCCCCGCCCCAUCAUCACCAUCCUCAUCGACCUCGUCAGCAUCCCUCAGCAAGGGCCUCCGAUCCGCCAGCAACAGCAUCUCCUCCAUCGACUCCACCUCCUCCUCCCUCACUGCCAAGUCCUCCACCCCAUCAACCCUCAGCCUUCGCUCCAACCAUACCGCCUCAAGCUUAGACUCCGAACCCGACACCACCGACAAGGCCUCCAUCAUCACCUCCACCCGCUCCAUCCGCCACCACUUCACCCGCCGCUCGCACCUCUCCCUCCGCCGCCUCUUCCGCCGCCAGCCAACCCUCGAAGUCCAAGAAACAAUAGACUGGGCGGCAUACAAAGCCUCCUCGUCCGUCUCCGCCUCCGCCUCCUCUUCGUCAUCCUCCUUCACCCUUCCCGUCUCCAAAUUCCCCACCUUCCUUCCCUCACCUCCCCGAGGCGGAAGGUCCACCGGCUCUUCACCUCUCAAGAGCUCCGGUGCGGGCCAUCUGUACUGCACCCCUUGCUACUACUUCGCCGCAAGGAACUGCAACGGUCACGUCAUGGGUGGUGGCCAUGGAGAUGCAUGUGAGAACUGCUGCCGGCUUCUUUGGUGCAGUGUGAGCAUGCGUGCAUGCCAGAGAUGUACGACUUGACAUGAUAUGUAAUGAAAUGACGGGAUAUCGAAACUCGACACGAAUGUUAUGACGAA